AAAAAAGGGGGGGGGGGGGGGGGGAGAAACAUGUUUUUGUAUAAGUGUCUUUUUCUUUAUGCUGUUUAGGGAGAAAAUUGAAAGCUUUCUAUUGUUGGGGAUUUGUGGAAUGGAAGCAGAAUGGUGGGCAAGAAAAGGCAGAAGAAUUGGAAACGAACUGGGUGUUUUUCCUCUAACAAUGAAAUAGAGGAAGGGGAAUUUUAUUUACCGUGCCUUUCCCUAUGCACUAUCAUCUUCCAGACAUAGGAUAACAUCCAUCCAAUUGAGCAAUUGAUAACAUCCACUAUUUGGGUCUCAAAAAAUAAGAGUGAAGUUUAAAUAUUUAUUUCUAUGCACUCCUGUUUGUUGUAACAUAAUCCUUUCAAAAACCCAAUUUUGCUGUAUGAUGAAUUUUCUAAUUUUAACUUUUCCUGGCCCCUGGUUUCUGAACUUUAAAACACAAAUUGUUUUCAUAAUUUGAUUAGAUAGAUACAUUUAAGGAAUUAAGCUGAACUUUUUUCAUUACAAGCUGUUGGAAAAUUGGCACAAAUGGGCAUUGUGGCACGUCAUAUUAAGGCUAAAACCCUUUAAAUAUUUUAACUAGAUCAAAGUGGAUUCUUAUUCUCCGUCAUGAGGAGAUCGAUUUGGUAUAUUCAUAUGUCCAAAAUGAUAAAUGGGUGAAUGAGAAAUUAAUGCUCAAACAAUUUGAAGUGGGCCCGUGCAUUGUCGCUUAGUGGCCUGUGCACUCCAAAAUAUGGGGCACGCUACUCUAGAGUGCUAGUUACCAACAAUCCUCCUAUAAAUAGGAGCCCCUCGUUCCUUUGAAAGACGAACACACACUACAUGAAAUCUUUAAUCUCCCAAGUCGGUCUCCUUCCUUGCCCAGUUCUGAUAGUGUUCGACUGAUGUUCUAGUUCGCUGUAAGGCUCCAAAGCUUGUGCUAACUUCCUAGCCGUCAACCGUUCUAGUCCACUUUCUAGUUCGCUAUAAGCUUGUACAAGACAUACGCCAACCAUCCGCAAGCACUCUUGAUGAGGAGGCAAAUCUGUUUUAAAGGCAAUGUGUGUUACACAUGCCUCAGUUCUCCAUCUUUGCGUUAUUUGGUUCAGUUCCAUAUUUUGUUUGUACAUUUCCAAUUUUAUUUGUUCAAUUCUAUAUUUUGUUAUUUGUAGUUAUUAUUCUUCCACACUAUACUAUAUUCCCUUCUGUUUUAUUAUUUAUUUGUUGCACCAUUAUCUUAGGUUGUACAACAUUAUAUUUUGUAUUUAACUAAUAAUUUUUGGCUAACAAUCUUAAAACAGAUUUCUCAUGUUUAAGUUUUGUUUUAGAAAUGGCUUUUACUUUGAAUUUUGCUGGAACCUCUAAUAAUGUGGCGCAAGGAUCUGUCCCUGUAGCCCAGAUGCCUAUUAUUGUGCCCACCGCAGCCCAAAUGCCUGUUACUGUGCCUGUGGGCCAUUGCAAAAAGCCUGAGAAAUUCAACGGGUUGAAUUUCAAGAGGUGGCAACAAAAGAUGUUGUUUUAUCUCACUACUAUGGAUCUUGCGAGAUUCUUGACUGAGGAUGCUCCUAAGUUAAAGGAGGAUGAAACAGAAAUGCUAGUCAUCAACACAGUUGAUACGUGGAAGCAUUCUGAUUUCUUAUGUAGAAACUAUGUUAUGAAUGGUUUGCAUGAUUCGUUGUACAACGUAUAUAGUACAAUGAAAACUGCCAAGGAGCUUUGGGAAUCCUUGGACCAAAAAUAUAAAACCGAGGAUGCUAGAGCUAAGAAAUUAAUAGUUGGUCGAUUCCUCGAUUUUAAGAUGGUGGAUUCCAAACCUGUGGUCAGUCAAGUGCAAGAACUUCAGGUAAUUUUACAUGAAAUUCAUGCAGAAGGGAUGGUCCUUAGUGAAACCUUCCAAGUGGCUGCUGUUAUCGAGAAGUUUCCACCUAGUUGGAAGGAGUUCAAGAACUACCUUAAACAUAAGCGAAAGGAAAUGAAUCUCGAAGAGUUGAUUGUUAGACUUCGAAUUGAAGAAGACAACAGAGGGUCAGAGAAGAAAGGUUUCAAUCUUGCUACUACUAAGGCGAAUGUGGUGGAGCAUGGGCAAGGCUCCAAAUACAAGAAAAACAAGCUGAAGUUAGGACCUAAAGGAGGAGUCUCCAAUAACAAGUUCCAGGGGAAAUGCUUUAAUUGUGGCAAGAUGGGUCAUAGAUCUAUGGAGUGCAGACUUCUGAAGAGGAAGAUCAAGGGCCAUGAGGCACAUGGUGGAUACCAUGACUGAAAAUCUGGAAUGUAUGUUGGGAAGGGUUAUGUAUCAAAUGGAAUUUUUAAGCUCAAUGUAAUGACCAUCAUGAAUAAAAGUAAUAAGCCUUCGGUUUACUUGCUUGAGUUUACAAAUUUAUGUCAUGGUAGACUAAGUCAUGUUGAUUAUGAUACAUUGCGUAAAUUAAUUAACUUAGAUCAUAUACCCUCUUUCCAUAUCGAUUUAAAACAUAAGUGUGAAACUUGUGUAGAGACAAAAUUGAUGAGAUCAUCUUUUCAAACAAUUGAAAGAAAUAUCGAAUCCCUUGAUCUAAUUCGUAGUGAUGUGUGUGAUUUAAAAUUCGUACAAAUAAGAUGUGGCAAUAAGUAUUUCAUUACUUUUGUUGAUGAUAACACGAAAUAUUGUUAUGCCUAUCUCCUUAAAAGCAAGGAUGAAACUUUAGAGAAAUUUUUUCUCUAAAAAACUGAAAUUGAAAAUCAACUUAAUAAGAAGAUUGAGGUAUUGAGAAGUGAUCGAGGUGGCAAGUAUGAAAGAUCAAUUGGUGGAUUAUGUGCACAACAUGGAAGUAUACAUGAGGUUACAUUGUCUUAUUCACCUUAAUAAAAUGAUGUUGCUUAAUGUAAAAAAUGCACAUUGAAAGAAAUAAUGAAUGUGAUGUUAAUAAGUUUUAGGUUGCCUCAGAACAUGUGGGGUGAAGCAAUUUUAUCAAACAAUUAUCUUUUAAAUAAGAUACCUUGAAAGAAAGAGGAAAAGACUCCCUAUGAACUCUGGAAAAGUAGGAGACCAUUCUACAAAUACUUAACAGUGUAGGGGUGUUUAGUAAAAGUUGUUGUUUUGACACCAAAGAAAAUGAGAAUAGGUCCUAAAAUAGUGGACUGUAUCUUUAUUGGGUAUGCACGUAACAAUAAUGCUUAUCGAUUUCUUGUGUAUGAGUCUAAAAAUCUAGACAUGCACAAGAACACUAUAAUGGAAUCAAGAAGUGCAUUGUUCUUUGAAUAUGUGUUUCCUUGUAACUCUAAGGAGGGUUCAAGUUUGUCUAAACAAAAAUUCGAAACUAUAAAUGAAGAGUCAUGAUUCAGAAUGAACCUAGACGGAGCAAAAGAACAGGAGUAGAAAAAUCUUUUAGCCCAGAUUUUCUAACUUGUUAGAAAAAGAACCACAAAAUUUUGAAGAAGCUAUAAGGUUUUCAAAGGGACUUUUUGUGGAAAAAAACAAUUAAAAGUGAAGUUGAUUCUAUUCUACAGAAUCAUACUUAGGAACUUGUAGAUCUGCCUCAUGGGUGUAAACCUUUAGGGUCUAAGUGGAUCUUUAAAAGGAAAAUGAAAGCAAAUGGUUCUAUUGAUAAGUAUAAGGCUAGUCUUAUAAUUAAAGGUUACAAGCAACGAGAGGGCCUAGAUUACUUUGAUACAUAUUCUUUUGUAACGAGAAUAAAUUCCAUUAGGAUGAUAUUUGCAAUUGCAACGUUGCGAAAUUUAGAAGUAUAUCAAAUGGAUGUGAAAAUAGCUUUCUUAAAUGCAGAUUUGAAUGAAGAAAUAUAUAUAUAGAACAACCUGAGUGUUUUAUAGUUUCAAAACAAGAAAAGAAAGUUUGUAAAUCGGUAAAACCAUUGUAUGUCUUAAAACAAGCGCCUAAACAAUGGCAUGAAAAAUUUGAUAAUACAAUGAUAACCAACUAGUGGCAAAUGUGUUUAUAUUAAAGACACAAGAAACAACUAUAUUAUUUUGUGUCUGUUAAAAGUUGUCUUGAGUAUACGAUAAGAAGAUUAGUGAAAGCAGUGUAUUUUGAAGGCCAAUAAAGUAUUAAAUAGAAGUUUAUUUUCAAUAAUGUAAUUAGUGAUAGUUGGGGGGUUAAAUUGUAAAUAUUUAAUAGUUUUCAUUGGGAUAUCCGCUCACUGUUAUAAAUAGAGGGCAAGGGGUAGUAAAGAGAAGUAGUGAGUUCUCAUUUUCUGUUUGUAACGAGUACUAUUCGCUAGAGAGAUAGCUUUGUAAUCUUGGGGGGCGAAGUCCUGUUGUACUUGGGAAAUAGAAAGAAGGGAUCUCUGUUGUGUGCUUAUCAUUCUUUCUACAUAAAGACAGUUGCUCGAGGGGUGUUUUGAUUGCUGGAUGUAGUGCCAUUCACGUGGCAUGAACCAGGAUAAAAUCUGUGUUAUGUGGUUUGUGUUUAUCUCUUCUUGUUUCUUAUUUUUGUUUUGUUUUGAUUACAUUUAAUUUUUUGUUGUUUUGGAUUAAUUUCGGGUGAGGAGUUGAGAGAAUUGGCAUUUGGAAACAUUGUUUGAGUUGUCAAAAGAGCUCCUAAUCCUAACAAUGUCUUUACGUGGAUGAUAUACUCAUUGUUGGGAGUGAUGACAAGAUGGUCAAAUCUACCAAGAAUAUGUUGAAUUCAAAAUUUGACAUGAAGUAUAUGAGGCUUGCAAAUGUGAUUUUAGGGGUUAAAAUCAAAAGAAUAUCAUAUGGUCUCAUUUUGAGUCAGUCACAUGAUGUGGACAAAAUUUUGAAAAAAUUCAACAAGAAUAAUUUUGGUGUGGCUAGAACACCAUUAGACAUUAGUCUCCAUCUAUCCAAGAAUAAAGAUGAGAGUAUUACUCAAAUAGAGUACUCUAGAGUAAUUGGAAGUCUAAUGUAAUUAAUGAGCUGUACUAGACCAAAUAUUGCUUAUAUGGUUAGCAGACUGAGUAGAUAUACGAGUAAUCUGAGUGCUGACAAUUGGAAAACAAUAAUAAGAGUACUUAGGUACUUACGAUAUACUCGUAACUAUAGGCUAUACUAUACCAGAUACUCAGCUGCCUUGGAAAGAUAUAAUGAUGCAAAUUGGAUAUUUGGUGUAAAAAACUCGAAAUCUACAAGUGGAUAUAUACUCACACUUGCAAGUGCAGUUAUGGCCUGGAAAUCCUCCAAAUACUGUUAUAGCCGGAUCCACUAUGGAAUUUGAAUUUAUUGCCUUAGACAAAUGUGGCAAAGAGGCAGAAUGGCUAUUCCAUUUCUUAGAGGAUAUUCCAAUGUGGCAGAAAUUUGUGCCCCUAAUAUAUAUACAUUGUGAUAGUCAAUCUGCAAUUGGAAGGUCACAGAGUAAUAUGUAUAAUGGUAAGUCUAGACAUAUACACAUCGUAGACAUAAAACAACUACUCUCAACUAGAGUUAUCUCUAUUGACUACGUGAAGUCAAAAGAUAAUAUUGCAAAUUCGCUAAACACAGGGUUAAAUAAAGAGUUGAAAAGUCAUCGAGGGAAUGGGACUAAAGCCCAUGAAAGAAUAAGUUGAUACAAUGGAAACCCAACUUAGUUGACUGGAAAUCCCAAAAUAUAGGUUCAAAUGAACAACUUAAUUGUAAAAACUUUAUUAGGUCAUGGUUGGGGGUGGGGUGGGGGGGUUACCCUCUUGUCCAUUCAUAUAAUGAAAUAGUGAUACCCGUAGGGAAAAAGGAUAGCAAUAUUUGCUUUAAUAAUUCUUAAACUUAGAAAUUCUACGUGGAGUAAGUGGGUUACUUUGAAUUAAGUAAUUACCUAUGUGAGAGGGAAGUGGGGUCGUUUAAAGGAAAAUUGUAUAGAGUUCAAUUCUUUAGAAACUCUCGCAGAACCAGGCUAAUGUUCAAGGCUAAAACAAACAUAAUCAUGAGAACUGAACAAUGGUAGGAAGAUUCCUGUGUGAAAUAUGUUAUCAUUUACAUAGAUAACAAGACAGUUCAAGGACAUCGUGUCUAUUGUAUAGUUAGUAAAAUAAAUAUAUCUUCACAAGGGAAGGUUCAAGCGGUAACACAUACCUAUCCUAUGUAGGUUUCAACUGUUGAACACUAUCAACGAGUCAAAAUAUUUUCUCCAUCAAUUUUCAUUUAUGUGGGGGAUUGUUGGAAAAUUAGCAUAAAUGAGCAUUGUGGUAUGUUAUAUAAAGGCUAAAUUUUAAGUGGGACCCGUUAAAUAUUUUAACCGGGUCAAAGUGGAUUUUAUUCUCUGUCGUGAGGAGAUCAAUUUGGUAUAUUCAUAUGUCCAAAAUGAUAAAUGGGUGAAUGAGAAAUUGAUGCUCAAAGUAUACUUGUUGAGUUGGGAAAUAUUAAGGAAAUGUAUUUAUCCCACAUUGGAAGAGCAAUGUAGCAUGUUGAUGUUUAUAUAGACUCACACAUUGAAUGAUGAGUAAGCUAGUUAGACAAGAGACUCUCUUGUGCGCGCGGGGGGGGGGGGGGGGGGGGGGGGUUGCAAAUCCCAGGCCCAGCGAACCGAACUUGUGUGCGAGCAUGCGUUUUGUGGACAUGAAUGCAACGCUGAAAUGGGCUACCCAGGCCAAGCUAUGAUUUGUUGUUUCCCUUCUAUCCCCCCCUUGGUGCGAAUCCACUCCUAUAACCGUUGCAGGAAUUUGAAGUUGGCCCCACACUCCGAAAUAUAAGGCACAUUACUGCAGAGUGCCAGUUACCAACAAUCCUCCUAUGAAUAGGAGCCUCUCGUUCCUUUGAAAGACGAACACACACUACACGAAAUCUGUAAUCUCCCAAGUCGCUCUCCUUCCUUGCCCAGUUCUGAUAGUGUUCGGCCAAUGUUCUAGUUUGCUGUAAGGCUCUAAAGCUUGUGCUAACUUCCUAGUUGUCAACCAUUAUACCCUGCGAGACAGACGCCAACCAUCCUCAAUCCCUCUCGGUGAGCAGGCAAAUUUGUUUUAAGGGCACUGUGUGUCACACAGGCCUCAGUUCUCCAUCCUUGCGUUAUUUGGCUCAGUUCCAUAUUUUGUUUGUUCAAUUCUAUAUUUUGUUAUCUGCGGUUAUUAUUCUUCCACGCUGUACCAUAUUCCCUUCUGUUCUAUAAUUUAUUUGUUGCACUGUUAUCUUAGGUUGUACAGCAUUAUAUUUCAUAUUUAACUAAUAAUUUUUGGGCUAACACAAGCAACUUCCUAGAAUCAUGUAACAGUGUGCUAAAAUACAUAUGUAAGCUAGUAUUCUACGGGGUAGCUGAGAUAUGGGUAAGGAUGGAAAUUAGAAGGAUUCAAUUUUUAACUUGAAGAUCUGGAAACAUUAGGAUAUGCUGAACAGAGCCUAGGGAAAAUCAUUUAUUUGAGUUGAGCUUUCAUCCUGUGAACUGAAACAACUAGAAAUUGAAGUCUAAUGCUCUGUCUGCUAAUGUGGGCUGUGUAAUUUGCUGUGCUUUCUUCUCAAGAGUUCAUUCAAUAUUCCUUUUCCUGUUUCCCCAAGAUUUUUAAUCCUUAUCCAAUUCCUAUAUUAUUUCUUUCAUGU